GGCGUGUUUCCUGCUGCCAUUUGACUCAAAGCCAGAGCUGGGAUCCUGCGGAAGAAAACGCGCAUGAGAUCACAUUCCCGUCCUACAGCUGGGCCAAUAUUCCUCUUUUAUUUAGAUGUUUUUAUUUCUUCAGCUUCCAGCUGUCUGACUAGCGUGUAAUCUGCGCGCAGCAGCUCGCUCAUUUAUUUCUGAUUAAUCCAAGAUGAUAUGAAUGUCAGGCGGUCAAGGUCCGAGCUGCUGCUGAGAGUCUAUGCAACAACCCACGGGUGGAUUUUCCUGCUUCUGCGGGGAAACAUCUGUCGCAAUCGUUUCGGGUGGAUCUUCUAAUCGUUUGCGUCUCUGACCAGAGAGAUUAAAGACUGUCUGUUUGAGGAGAGGAAGAGGAGGCUCGCGCGCUGCAGUAAAUACGGCAAAUAAUGGAUUAGACAAGAAAAACGAUGCGACUGCGACGCUUUUAUUUUCCAAAAACACUUAAAUGCGUCCCGGCUGCUUCUUUGUGAGAAGCCACGGAACAUGACUGAAGUUUGACAGAUUCUUAUAGUGGUUUUGAAAGCAUCAGCCCAAAGCAGCGAGGAUCUGAAACCAGGGCAGCAUGUCGGCGGUGAUGAUAACGAGGAAGGUGCGAAAAUGGGAGAAGCUCCCGGGGAAGAACACUUUCUGCUGCGAUGGACGGGUGAUGAUGGCCCGGCAGAAGGGGGUCUUCUACCUGACCAUGUUCCUCAUCGUAGGAACCUGCUCGCUCUUCUUCGCCUUUGAAUGUCCGUACCUGGCCGUCCACCUGUCCCCUGCCAUCCCGGUUUUUGCCAUCAUCCUUUUCCUGUUUGUCAUGGCCAUGCUGCUGAGGACGAGCUUCAGCGACCCUGGGGUGCUGCCGAGAGCUCUUCCGGAGGAGGCCAACUUCAUCGAGAUGGAAAUCGAAGCUGCUAAUGGGAACGUCCCCGCCGGGCAGCGACCACCUCCUCGAAUCCGUAACGUCCAGAUCAACAACCAGAUCGUCAAGCUCAAGUACUGCUACACCUGCAAGAUCUUCCGACCCCCACGAGCAUCUCACUGCAGCAUCUGUGACAACUGCGUUGACCGUUUUGAUCACCACUGUCCAUGGGUGGGAAACUGUGUGGGAAAGAGGAACUACAGAUACUUCUACCUGUUCACCCUGACCCUCUCCCUGCUCACCAUUUACAUCUUUGCUUUCGACAUCGUCCACGUGGUGAUGCGCUCUGUGGAUAAAGGCUUUUUGAAUACCUUGAAGGAAACACCUGGAACUGUGCUGGAGGUGCUGGUGUGUUUCUUCACGCUGUGGUCGGUGGUGGGACUGACCGGCUUCCACACGUACCUGAUCUCCCUCAACCAGACCACCAACGAAGAU